CUAUGAGCACAGGCGGAGUUCUGUAGUGCUCAACUUACCUGGACUGGAGGUGUUCCCCGGGGACCUUCUGGUGUCAGAUGGAGCUGCUGAUUACCUGUGCCACCCACUUCUGCUGCUGAAUUCAGAAUCCAAAAAGCCAAGAUGGCCUUUCUCCAAGAGAGGAGUGCAGGGCAAAGACAAACACAAGCAUGUGUCUGAUCUGGAAAACUGCCUCUCCUCUGUGAAGAUUACAGACUUCAGGGCCCAUGAGUUUCACAGCCUUAAGGAUAAGACCUGGAAUGAAGUCAUGGAAACAUAUCAAAAACGUCCUACUGUUCAAUUAGACUUGAGAAAGCAGCAAGAGGCCGUGUGGGAACUUUUCACAAGUGAAUGCAGUUAUUUCUUGGACCAUUUAUUAGUUCUUAAGAUGAUCUUCAUGAAUACACUAAAAUAUCUACAAACUCAUGAAUAUCUCCUGGAUGUGGAUUUAUGGAGACUUUUUGCAAACCUGGAGGAGUUAAGUCAGACAAGCUUCAGUUUUGUGAACGGUCUUUUCGGCAUCAUCAAGGACUAUGUUGACGCUUCUGAGAUUUCACCAUCAAUAGAUUUCAUUUCCGUGCUCACGAAGUAUUUCCGAGGAAGCCUCUGUCAGAGCCACCAGACCUACUGCCUGAAUUACUCAGCGGCUGUCUUUUAUCUUGAGAGCCUGAGGCAGAGAGAUGACUUUGGAAUUUAUUUAAAAUGGUGUGAGCAAAAUGAACAGUGCAGACGGCUUCACCUGCCUGAGCUACUAGUGGCCCCACUGCACAGGCUGACUCGAUACCCCCUGUUGCUGAAGAAUAUCUGGAAAAGGAGUACAGACUCUACUGAGAAAAUCCUGAUCUACUCCAUCAAGGAAAAGGUGGAAAAGUCAAUCCGGGAUCUUGAAGGAAAAGUGAAGUGGCUUGACAAUUUCCAAAAAUGUAGACAUCUACAGGAGAUUAUAGUGUGGCCUCCACUUUGGGAUAGAGAUAAAAGGUUUUUCAUUCCAGAGUGCCUGAGACAUGUUUUUAAAGAACACAUGGCAGAAAAUAUCUUGUCACCAACCAACAGACACCUUCUCUAUGAAGGAAAAUUAACUCUUGCAGAAAGCACAAGAUUCCUAGAUGUUUAUCUGUUUCUCUUUGAUGAUUUCCUCUUAGUUACGAAAACUAAGCGCAACAAAAAGAAACUUGGAGGCUCAGACACUGGUUUAAUGUGUCCUUCACUUACUCCUGAACUGCAAACAGUAAUAAAAGAGGGUGGUUCGUGUACAGUGCUCGAUCAGCCCAUUCCACUAGAUAGAUUGGUGGUCAAAAGUAUCGAUCCACUCCACGUGUCAGUCUUUGGGCUGAGAAAUGCUUUCCUUAUACAACAUGAAAACAGAUAUCAACAGUGUAUAGCAGCAUUCUUAUUACAAGCCCAAACGGAAAACAUCAAAAAAACAUGGAUGACACAAAUAACAGCAGCUGUCUCUUGCUUCACCAAGAGUCAAGAAACCAAGAAAAUAUCUUCACUCACACUGCCUGCAGAAUCCUCUGAAAUUUAGGGACCUAAAACAAGUGGCACACCUUUUUAGACAUUAGGAAUUAAGGUAUUCUUUCAUUCAAAUCUUUGUAACACUUAUCUAGUGAUAAGCUAGAAGGAAAUGUUCAUUUUAUAGGAGUUCCAGAAUUUGAGCUGGGAAAAUCCUCAGUAUAGAGGAAUAAUGACUGCAAUAAAUUUGAACUCUGAGGAAUUUCUUGGCAAGCAUAUACUGAUAUCCAGACUUAGAAUGUUUCAGUCGGGCUUGCAAGAGGUGUGGGUGAAGUAUGGUGCUAUUAUAAUUUGUAAAGGGUCAAUGAUCAGAAAAAUAGAGUGUCAGGAGGAACACAAUGUCCACUGCUUGUGUCCAGUGUGAAUUCUAACAUCUUACUUUGUGUAUAUCUAUAAUGAAACCAAUUUUCCUACAUGGCUUAUAAGUCAGUCUUACUGCUUUACAGUCCUACCUCACACACAAUGAUAAUAGUUCUUUUGAUACAAAGUUUGAUUGCACUUUUAAUAUAUUAAGCAAUAAAUAAAGUUUACAUUUUAAGAGCAGUUUUUAAAUUCCUAUUCUCCAACAGUUUACUUAUCUUGGGUAUACCAUAUAAUACUCUAACUUGGAAGUAGAAAAUCCCAAAGACUAAAUUCCAUUAAGGAAAAAAGCAAAUAUCUGUUCCAGUUUCACCAACUAACACUUUCAC